AACGAAAUCAGCCGAAGCCUUCCAGAUAACGCCGAUUUGUAAAACAGAAGUGUCUUUCUUUGGCAGAUUGGGGGCGAUGAAGAAGGGUUGGAAAAUAGGAGGAAGAGCAAAAGCAUACUUUUAAACCAUAUUUCUACGUUUAGCGUGCCAAUGCUGAUUUGGAUUUCGUAUACAAAGAUAUCCAGCUAAAAUGGGCAUUACUUGUGUGGCAGUCAUUAGCACCCUUCUGUGCUCAGUUUGGUCAUCAACCAUUAAAGCUAAAGAUGAACACCGCACUGCUUUCUUCAGUGAGGACAUUCAUAUUCCUGUGCCGGCUUUAGAAACAACAGAGGUGUUGUUCAAGCCGAGGGUGGAUCCGGUGUUAGAGCGGGUUCUCCUGCGAGACGGGAAAAUUCUGGACUCAAGAGCCAAAUUGAACGCUCACAUUAGCCAUUUGAUCCUGGAGGAUGUGGGCGAGGAGGAUGAGGGCACAUAUGUGGUGAAGAAUUCUGCGGCCCCAAGUGAUGUCAAAAGGAUCAUUCUCAUUGUUAGAGACUGCGCAUUAGAGACUGUGGUGAAAUAUGGAGAGACAUAUCACAUCCCGAUCAACCCUUCGAUUGGUCCGUACACCCUUGAGUUCAGGCCUGCAGCUCAGACUCCAGUUAACCAGACCACAGAGGAACCACCAGUGGUGAUUCUCAACCAGACGGGCAUCCCAGCGCAAGAAUACGAGCACCGGCUCACUGUGGGCGAGAAGAGGGUCAACCUCCAUUUGGUUACAGGGACCGAUGAGGGCAGCUACACUGUCAUUGACAGUGAUCAAAAAGUCCGAAUGAGGGCCUGCCUCAAUGUGAAAGACCACCAGCUCUUUAAGCACUUGAAUUAUGGUGAAACCCUGGAGAUCAAGCUUUAUGUGGACCACACCAAAGUCAAAAUGGUCUACAUGCCAGACACUGAGCGCAAGGAACGACUCAUCCUGGACCAGGGGGAGCUGACGAUACCUAUCGACUCUUUUGAUGGUCGAGCGUCUGUGGAAGGAUCAAUGUUCUACCUAAAGAAGGUCAAAGUCAGUGACAUGGGUAUCUUUCGAGUGAUGGACUAUUCCGGCUUCCGCAUAGCUGAUGUCUACCUUCAUGUGGAGCCCUAUAAGCUGCCACAGCUGUACGUGGCAAUCAUCUCCUUGUUGUCUCUGCUGGCGUUUCUGCUGUUGGUGUGUCUACUGUCCUGUCUGAUCAAGGUUCACCGUCGGGCGGAAAGAGCACGUAAGAUCACCCUAAUCGCUCAACAGGCUGGCAAGGGCGACGGAGAGGCGUUCAGACAGGUGGUUCAUGAUGCUUAUACUAGAUUCACAGAGGAGUCCAUCGUGCAGUCCACUUGGGAGAACAACACCGAGAGCACAGAAGUUGAGAUCAAAGGACUUGAAGUAUCAAAACCAGGUCAGUACCAGGCCCUCCAAUCUGAGAAGAACUGCAUGGAUAUGAACGACUCAGGCGUGGAAUUCAACUCGUCCGCACUCCCUCUAGACAGCGACACAGACUUACCCGACUAUCUCACCUCUCAAAAGCUCCUGCUUGAGCCGGACACUCUCGCUGCCGUCCCGCCGGCCAUUUCUGAGGGCGACCACAGUGCCACUCGCACCCCUGAUUCCAUUCUGAGCGCCAGCCCCGCAACCCAGCCCAAAUCUGAGGCUCAGAUCGAUGGCGACUUAAUCGGCGCGACCACGCCUGAGGAAACGACCAAAGUGAAUGAUCUGGAUGCAAAAAUGAGCAAAGAUGCUUCGCCGCAUUCUGAGAAAGCACCGGAUGCAAGUAAUGGAACCACAACCUGAGCACUUCAAAGUUAAAUGGAGUCACACUAACCAGUGUGGCCACUUCUCAUUCGCCAUGUCUCACCGUUUGAUGUCUAAAAUGACACUUCAUCUUGCUCGGACUGAUCUGAUGCUUAACGGUUUGUCGAACAAGCAAAAGCCCUGAUCCUAGAAGAAUAAAAGAACAAGAGACGACAAAAUUCCCGCACACAAAAAAUGAAAACAGUCCUGCACUAUGCAUGCCUUUAAAUUACUGAGGAGUUCUUGACUAGUUUAAAGCCAAGUGCUAGAUGUAGUGCAUGUGAAGAAGAAAAACACAUCUUAAGACACUUAAUACUUUUUUAAUUUUACUAAGCAAUGCAACUAGAACUAGAACUUUACGAGAGAGUCAAACUGCCUGAAACUCCAAGGAUGCUUCACACAACAUCUGAAGCAGAUUGCACUGCAUCUACAAAAUGCCAAAUUUUGGGAAUUUCUUCAUUUCUGAAUCAAAGUUCAAGAUCAACCCGAAUGCAUCUCACUGGCAAACUCCUUUUGACCAUCCGCGGUCACCGCCGGCUUUGAAGAGUGCUUUAGUGAUAAUCCUUGCCAAUGGUAAUCUAAACACCUUGAUGAAUCAGGACGGCGUGGAUGACAGGUAUCCGAUACGGUGGCUUACCACUGUAAAUAGGAUCAGCUGUGGCAGAGGGUUUUGGCCCUGGUUCAGAGGAACUCCUCUGAAGGAAUGGCUUGUCUCAGCAGUUUCAGGUGCUGAUUCUGCUGGGGUGUCUCCACAACCCGGGCCUUUCCGGUGAUCUCUUUUCUAGCGCUUCUCAUACGAUCCUUUAUUCCUACUCAUUUGAAUAUAUUUUAGCAGGUUAGAGCUGUGUGUGGCUUGUAGAAAUGUGCUCAUUGAGAAUCUCAUACAUUGACAUUAAUUCAUGAGGAAUGAUUCGCAAUAAGAGAGCUUAGAGGGAAAUGAUUACAGGGAAAUUCAAUAUCCAUAUUCAUAAUAUCUAAUAUGGUUUCAUUAUGCAGAUCUGAGUCAUUUGCAUUUGACUCGCUUCUGUCAGUACAAUUGAGUCGGCAUAAAACAUCCAUAUUUCCAUUUGUAACAUGCUCAAACAUGGCUAUUGUGCUUCUACAAUUUACUGGAAGCAUUGUAAAAUUUGUAAGAUUUAAUAACCGCAAAUACCUUUUCAUACCAUACACUCUUAAAAAUUAAGAUUCUUUAUUGGGAUUGAUGGUUCCAUUAGGAAUAGCUUUUAUGCUCAUUUUUAAGUAUCGCAUUAGAAACAAGAUUUUUGGUGGUUUUUGAAUUGUGCAAAAAAUGGUUAAUGCAAAUAAUAGGAGAUGGAAAUGCAUUUUGCGAAUAAAUUCCUCUACACGCACCAAAAACCAACCAAUUGCAUUCCUAAACAGCAGGCAACCACCUCUGAAAGGAGUGAUCGCAUUUGUUGUGUUUCUUUUGCUCUCUCUAAGGUGCAAGUAUUUUAUUAGGGCCCAAGCACUGGUGGUGCGAGAACCCUAUUGGAAUUGCUCAGAUUCUUCAUCUUCUUCUCCAAAAUGAAUCGCAUUUUUAGGGCCUAAACAUGCUCAAAAACUCAUGAACCUUUGCACACAUGCUAAAAGUGGUGAAAAUUUACAUCUAAUGUGGGUGUGGCAAAAUGGUUCAUUUGCGCCACCUAUAAAAUUUCAACAAAGUGCCCCUCAAGCUAUUUUUCACAUACACGUAUGAAAUUCGGUAGACACAUGUAACACACCAAUAUCUACAAAAAAGUCCCUCGCUACGAAGUCUGAAACUCAACAGGAAGUCAUUUAUUUAAAAUUUUUUUGUCACGUUUUGUGGUGUUUUGGCCAUUUUCAGAUGUUGUAUUUAAAUAAACUCCUCCUAGGGAUUUAAUCAGAUCAAUACCAAAUUUGAUCAGUCUAUUCUAAAGCCCUUUGUGAUGUUAAAUUUUUCUUUGUGAUGUUAAAAAAUAAGUUUUUAUAUGAUCAUUUAGGCAUACAAUGUCCGAUCUGCACCAAAAUUCACAUGUUUGAUGAGUCCUGUCCUGAACACAUGCCCAUGACCAUAUUUUGACUUUGACAUAUUCUUUCUAAAUUUACCACUUUUAAAUGCAUAUUGCCCACUGUUUGCUGUUUUCCUAAAGUCACCGGGUGCGAGGGCCCUUCCAACGCUGCUUGCAGCUUUAAUUAUAUAUUAAAAUUAUUAUAUACACUGGCUUCUCCUAAGAAUAGUGAUAUUUAGUACCAGUUUUCAGGAAGUGGCGAUUUUGUUCUCUUUGACUCGCUGGGUGGAAACGGUGCUUAUUCGCAGAUGUUUUAUGCGAUAUUUCAAUUUUGCACACAAGUUAAAUUUACAUGUUUGGAUGGAAACAUGGCUAUUAUUGCAAAAAUCUUAAUUUUUAAGAGUGUAUAGUUUCUCUUUUAAUGUUAUAAUUCUCUUUUAAUGUAUUCACAGCACUACUUGUUUCUACUGGAUAAAUGCGUUUAUGCAGGUUAAUGAUGUGUGAAGAGGAUUAUGAUGGAAUAUUAAAAUUAGCUGUAGUGGACGGGGUCUUACAUCAAGGGCGUGCUUUAGCCUGCUGGUGAAAUUGCUACCUCAUGUUUUGAUGUCUAAAGGACGAACAGAGAGAAAAUGGCAAAAAAAAAAAAAAAGAAAAAAAAAGAAAAAAGGGUGUCAAAAAAAGCACAAUCACUAAGUUGUGAAUUAAAUUACAGGUAAUACAGUGAUUUUCAAAAAAUAAUUAAAAUAAUAGUUAAAUUGUGAAUUAAAUGAACCCAUUAUUGCUUUUACUGAACCCUUGAACUGCAUUCAGAACAUGGAUAGACUGACUGUAAUUUUAAAGCACUGUAUGAAAGGUUAAAAAAAAAGUUUUCUAUAUUGCCUUGAUAUCUAUCGACAUAUUUCACAAUCAAACCCUAGAUUUUUGACUAGCUAGCAUUAUUUUAAACUCCCAUUGCUUCACUCCAGAUAUUGUAUUAUACAUUAAGAAUUGUUGUCAUGUCACAUGACAUAAAAUGUGCAGUUAUUGGGCCUUACGAAGCAAUAUUAGUGCGAAAGCAUUGGGCCUCAUUUAUAAAGCACGAGAAAAACAGAUUACUCUUUCAUGUGGUACCAAUAUGCACCUUUAGGGGUAAAUAAAGCACAAAGGUGUAUAUUUGAAAAGGUACUGCUCCACUGAAAGCAUUCUUACAUUCAAAGCUCAUAUUCAACUCACUGCAACAUUUUAUGCAUGAAUGGAUUUAUGAUUGAUUUACACACAUUUGCUCUGCUCAUGUUUCAUGAAUGAGGCUGAAUGCAUUCACAUACUCACACACACACACACACACACACACACACACACAUCUGGUUUAUUAUCCUUGUGGGGACUUUCCAUAGACGCAAUGGUUUUUAUACUGUCCACACUGUAUUUUUUAUUCCCCCUACCCUAACCCUACCCCUAAACUUUCUGCAUUUUUACUUUCUCAAAAAAAAAAAACACAUUCUGUAUGAUUUAUAAGCUUGUUUCCCCAUGGGGACCUCAAUUUAGGUCCCCAUGGUGACACGAGUCCCCAUGAGUCUUUGUGUAUUCAGGUUCAGGUCCCCACCAAGGUAUAAAAACAAGACCACACACACACAUACACACACACACAUACAGGGUAGGAGCAACAAAUAUACACACACACUUCUGUACAUAGAUAUAUUGCAUGUCAAUGAUCAAUACUCCUUCUAUUCAAUGAUUGCUGGAUUCUCAUGCAUUUUUCUUAAAAUAAGACAUAUCUUCUAAAGAGAUGAAUGACAAAAAAACAGGAAACCUUUAUACAGGGAUUCUGCAGGUUUUAACUUGCCCUUCCACAAAAAAUGUUGCAAAAAAGUAGCAUUAAUGUUGCACACACUGCAGAAAAUGUUAUUUUUCUUAGUAUUUUUGUCUUGUUUUCCAGUUAAAAUAUCUAAAUCAAGAUAUAUCUACUUGAUAUGGAAAAAAAUGUGAAACAAUGUUUUGCCUUUAAAUUAAGUUUUAUUUUCCUAGAAAACAAGACUUAUCUCGCAUCAUUUGCUUCUCAAGUAAAAUAUCUUAAUUUAUGAAUCUUUAGAAAUUUGCACUUAAUUUUACUUAAUUCAGUUUAAAAGUAAGUUACUUCCAAAAACAGUAAUAAUCUGUUGUAUUAUCAAACUUUGAAGUGUUGCUAAUACAACUCAUUGUGAGCAUCCUGGAGAACAAAUAUUGACAAAUUGUGUUCAGUUCAAUUUAUUACUUCCAUAUUCAUAAAUGUACCUUCAUAAAACCUGCAGAAACCCUGCUUUAGCACUGUCAUGCUUUAACUGAAUCUUUGCACUUGGGAAUGAUUUUGAUAAUGCAAAACUCCAGAAAUAUUUCACUGAGAUUAUUAUCACUAUUAAUUAAUUAUACUCUCUCUAUAUAUGCGCUGAUGUCAUAGAGCUACUAUAUACGCAAUUAAAAGCGUUACAGAAGCAUGCUAAACUAGAGGAUGCCUGUUAGAAAUGAGAUUUCAUUGCAUUACUUUGUCUCUGAUGAGAAGUAUUCUUAAUGUCAGUGUUUUAUUUUAGCAGCUGAUAUGGAAAUGUUUUUGAAUUUGAUUUAUUUUGGUAAAAAAAACAGAUGUCAGAUUUAUGAUUAUGCAAUUUACAAUCAUGAACAGACAACAUAGGCGGUGCACACAUUUACAAUCCUCAGGCGUAACUGAGCACAACAAAAUCAAAACUGGUUAAUCAGGAAAAAAUGGAUAUAAUUUUCUUUUUCUUACAAUAGGACGAAAUCAUGUCUAGUCAGUUGUAUAUAGUUUUAGCUUGAUUAUACUUGAACAAAUGCGUUCACCACUCACAGUGUAAUUCAGAUUUACAAAGGUCAUUGCUUUUAAAUGUGUUGAAAUUUGCAUUUGCGUAUGGUGAAGUGAACUUUAGCUUGAGCUGGAUAAAUCAUAAGAAUAUGCACUUAUCGAACUGAAAAGUGACUAAAAGGUGUUUUUCGGUGGUAUUGGAGCCGUAGCAAUAUAAGUCCAUCCUGUAAGUCUGCUCAGGUUUACACAGAUGCUGGCGUCACAUAAUUAAACAAGCUCAGGAGUGUGUGCUUUCUUCAUUGAUUUAUGCUGAUUUCAUUGUUCAAUUGAUCUGUUGUUAGCUCACAUGCCAGACUUCUCAGGAGACAGGUUUCUCAAAGUGCUUUAUUCAUCUUCGCAAUGUUGGAAAAGUUGAGAUUGUGAACAUGCAAAACAUUUAUAGCAUUUUUAUAGCAUAUUUCAGUAUUUGCUGUAUUUGCCAGAUAAAUAACAAACUUCCAUAAGACCAUGAAUAUUAACAAUACUUCACAGUCAUGUGCAAAGUAUGGUGCAGAGGAUCUUGUUUUUAGCUGCUUUGAUAAUUUAGUAUUACAUGUGGCUUCAUAGUUCAAGCAUAACUUUAGUUCAACAUUGAUUUGCUCUCUUGAAUGAAAGAUGAAAAUAAAACUGGAAAAAUCUCA